CGAAAUAUCUUCCCGUCGUGAUCUGGCAUGGCCGUCUUCAAACGUGUUGUGAUUCGGAUGUGGCAGGUCUUCAAGAAUUCAUUAACAAUACUUUGCCGGGAAUCUACACCCAUUCGAUUAUGCUAGGUAAAGAUGUGUAUGAAGACGGAGUGUUAUCUGUUUAUGGCAACGCGAAUGAGCAGGUAGAUUGUAUAUGCAAACAAUUAAAAGAUAAUGAAAAUCUUCGUAAUGGAUUUAAUGCUGUCGGACUUUCUCAGGGCGGACUGCUUUUACGCGCGUAUGUGGAACGAUGUAACGAUCCUCCUGUUCAUAAUCUGAUUACCAUGGGCUCCCCUCAAGCAGGCGCCUCAUUUAUUACUCAUUGUGACCUGACCAAUGAUUUAUGUAAACAAGUAUAUUCUGGGGAGCGCGAUGUUUUGUACUCGGAUGAAGUUCGUUAUAAAUUUGUUUCAGCUCAAUGGUUCAAAGAUCCAGAGAAUAUUGACACAUAUUUAGAAAAGAAUAUCUUCUUACCGGAUAUUAAUAACGAGCAUAUGAAAAAGAAUGUGACAUAUGCUAAUAAUUUAUCGUCUUUAAAUAAAUUUGUGUUGAUUCGAUUUACUGAGGAUAGAACCAUUGUACCUAUAGAUUCAGCGUGGUUCUCGUUCUACGAUAAGGAUUACAACCUAAUACCAAUUAGAAAACAAAAAAUGUACCUUGAAGAUUGGAUUGGAUUAAAAAAGUUGGACGAAUCAGGAAAUUUAGUGUUCAAAGAAAUUGUUGGAGAUCAUUUGGUAUACACCUAUGAAACUUUUAAAGAAGAAGUUCUUGAUCCUUAUUUGAGAUAA